GACAAUCAAUCCUUUUAGUGCUGGAAGUAGCUGGGAGCAGGGCUGCUAGAUUCUCUGUAAAUAAGGCAUCGGGCUACUCCUACCCACUGCUGUGACUGCUGCUGCAAAGCUGUUGCUGUCCUGUGCUGCUGUGAGGGGGCUCUGAGGGCAAUGGGUCGAAAGAACUGUGAAGAGGCCUGGAAUGGGGCAGAGAAGUCAGAGGUUCUAUGUGCCUCGACAAAGGGUCCGGAGUCAGAGGCCGAAAUGGAGGACAGAGGGCAAUGGGGCAACAAGGUCGAGUUUGUCUUGUCUGUUGCUGGGGAAAUCAUCGGACUUGGAAACGUCUGGAGAUUUCCCUAUCUCUGUUAUAAGAACGGAGGCGGAGCCUUCUUCAUUCCGUAUCUCAUCUUCCUCUUCACCUGCGGCAUUCCGGUGUUUUUCCUGGAGACAGCGCUGGGCCAGUACACCAGCCAGGGAGGGAUCACAGCAUGGAGGAAGAUCUGCCCCCUUUUUGAAGGUAUUGGCUAUGCCUCGCAGGUGAUUGAAAGCUACCUAAACAUCUACUACAUAGUCAUCCUAGCCUGGGCGCUGUUUUAUCUCUUCAACUCAUUUACAGCUGAGCUGCCAUGGGCUAGCUGCAAUCACGUUUGGAACACAGAAAAUUGUGUUGAUGACCUUGGAAAUAACGAGAGUUUUACAGCAUCUUCAAAUGCUACAUCCCCUGUUGUGGAAUUCUGGGAAAAUAGAGCACUAGGUCUUUCUAAUGGGAUUGAGAACUUGGGAAACAUCCGAUGGGAGCUUGCUCUGUGUCUUCUUCUGGCUUGGAUAAUCUGUUACUUCUGCAUCUGGAAAGGGGUCAAGUCUACUGGAAAGGUGGUAUAUGUCACAGCCACAUUUCCCUAUGUGAUGCUAAUCAUCCUGCUUGUUCGAGGGGUCACUCUUCCUGGAGCAUAUGAAGGAAUCAUGUUUUAUCUGAAACCUGACAUCACGAGGCUCAAGGACCCUCAGGUCUGGAUGGAUGCUGGAACCCAAAUCUUCUUCUCAUAUGCCAUCUGUCAGGGUUGUCUGACAGCACUGGGGAGCUAUAAUAAAUACAACAACAACUGCUACAGGGACUGCAUUGCUCUUUGCUUCCUGAACAGCAUAACCAGCUUUGUGGCUGGAUUUGCCAUCUUUUCAGUUUUGGGGUUCAUGGCACGGGAGCAGGGUGUCCCAAUUUCACAGGUGGCUGAAUCUGGUCCUGGUCUAGCAUUUAUUGCCUAUCCAAAGGCGGUGACCAUGAUGCCAGUGUCUCCUCUUUGGUCUUGUCUCUUCUUCCUUAUGCUCAUCUUCUUGGGACUUGAUAGCCAGUUCGUCUGCGUGGAGAGUCUGGUCACCGCCAUUGUCGACAUGUUUCCUGAAGUGUUUCGAAAGAAGUACCGCCGAGAACUCCUCAUUUUAGGCAUUGCUAUUAUCUGCUAUCUGUUGGGUCUUAUCCUCCUGACUGAGGGUGGGAUGUACGUCUUCCAGCUAUUUGACUAUUAUGCAGCCAGUGGGACCUGCUUGCUCUGUGUUGCCAUCUUUGAAGUGGUCUGUGUUGGCUGGGUUUAUGGUGCUGACCGUUUCUAUGAUAACAUAGAAGACAUGAUCGGCUACCGGCCGUGGCCGCUGGUAAAGUACUGUUGGUUGAUAGCCACCCCUGCAGUGUGCAUGGGAACGUUCCUCUUCUCUCUCAUCAAGUACACACCCCUGAAGUACAAUAACCGCUAUGUGUACCCACCAUGGGGCUACGCCAUUGGCUGGCUUAUGGCCAUCUCCUCCAUGAUCUGCAUACCAGUGUAUGCCGCCUAUAUUACUCUGAAGACAAAGGGUCCAUUUACUCAGAGGCUGAAGCAGCUUGUCACUCCACACCCCGACCUUCCACAGCCCAAGAAAUAUGUCUCAGAAUUCAGCGAACUCCAGAAAAGUGGAGUCUUGGCGGUUAAAGUAACAGAUGGUCUCAUCUCGCCAAAUACGGAGACGCGAUUCUGAUACGGCUAUACUAAGGAAUUUGUACAGCCAAGGACUUUCCUACUCCACUACCUUAUCCUUCAUGAGGGUAUCUGGACACCAGCAGUCCAAAUCAGUCAUUUACUGCCCUUGACAACCCACUUCCUGUCCUGUCCAACAUAUUGCAUCAUUGUAACAGUGUGGGUCUUGCCAGAGGUCCCCUACUUCUCUGGGCCUCAUCCCACUGGACACAAUACUGUAGAAUCACUCCUUUUGUAAUUACAUUGGGUUUUAUAAUUACCUACAAUAUCACUCAUUACAUCCUCAUCCCUAUCUUUUAACCUGACCUCUUUUUUUUUUUUUUACCAGCAAAGGAAGGGAUGCUGUUUCAGAUAUCCCCCAUUAGGGGGCAAUGCACAUUUCAGCCUAGAGACUUACAGUAGGUGUAGCUAUCAGUAGCACUCGGCACACCAUACUGACCCUAUUAGUGACCCUAGGUAAAAUGUCUUAUGGUUUACUUGUGCCUUUCGAAAUACUAUGUUUUCUAAACCGUGAUGUUAUACGUAGAUGACACUAGUCUACUAAAACCAUUACAUGGUUUGUAAUGCUGCAAAUGACACCUUAGUGCAUACAGUGCCUGGUGCUGUUAUAAUAUCAAUAUAUCAAUGCAAACCCUGAACAGGACAUGCCCCGUCAGUUUGCACGGACCUGUGUCAGUGAUACUAUGGAUAUAGAUAUACUGUUGCAAUGAGGAUUAUACAGCUUUAGGCCCCAUGCACACGGCCGUUGUUCACGGCCGUGAGCGGUCCGUGGAA